AUGUCGUCGCCAACGUGGAAUCCAGCUAGCUUAUCAUCAUUCAUAUUCGACCGAAAUCGAUAUCGACGUAGUGCAAGUGAGCAAACGCAUACAGUAACAACGCGUGAAUAUCGUAGUUAUCGAAGAACGGAAUCACCUUGUCCACAUCACAGUUAUUGUGAAUAUUGUCCUUGCAUAAAUUGUCGUCGCUAUCGUCAACCAUCCUAUCGACAUCAUAUGAGUCGGCGUCAAACAUCAAGUUUUACGCCAGAGGGGCGUAAAGAGUUUUAUUCUAGCGCUCACUCUAUACGAGAUGAAAUACGGCGAGGUAGUCCAACCGGUAUUGGAAUAUCACUAAAUUCAUUUCGUCAGCUUUCACCACAAACUGAAUAUCAGCAGCGACAGCAGCGGCGUCGACAGCAACAACAACAACAAUAUCAACAACAACAACAAACUUAUCAGCCUCAUCAUUUUCAUGAUUAUAAUGAAUAUGAACGGCAACGACAAGAACGUUUGUUACAGAUCAAUCGGCGCAGCACACGUGAAGUUCAACCAAGUGAUCAAUCUGUACCAAGUGCUACUAGCACUAGUCGAUAUGACGAGGCUGUCAUCAAGCGAAGAUAUGCCUUCGCUGACGUCCUCGAGAGCGAACGCUCAUAUGUUGCUGAUCUUCAACGUAUUAUUGAAAUUUAUCUAUAUGAAUUAACUCGUCAAGAAUGCCCGUGGUUCGUCAAAGAAAAAAAAGAUCUUUUAUUUAGCAACAUCGAAGACAUAUUCGCAUUCCAUAAAGUAUUAUUCUUGAAUGAUUUAACUAAUGUUAUUGAACAUGAUCCAAAGGAAUUGGCUUAUGUGUUUUUACGUCGACGAGAUCAAUUCUUAAAUCUUUAUUCUCAGUAUAUGUAUGAUCGUGCACGAUCUGAACAUGUACUACAAACAAAUCCAAAUAUUCAACGUUAUUUUGAUGAAUUAACACAACGAUUAGGUUUACAAACAAGUGAUUUAACACUUAAUAACUUACUUAAUCGACCUAUACAACGACUUGAAAAAUAUAGAAAUAUUUUACAAGAGAUGAUUAAAUAUACACAUCGUAUGCACGAAGAUAGUACAAUAUUUCAACAAGCUUAUACAAUGAUAAGCAAUGUUAUAAAUGAUGCCCGACAACGUGAUGCAACUGAACUUAUUGAUAACUUACCAUUUACAAAUGAACAAUUAGGAGAUUUAAAACGCCAUGAUGUUGUCUUAAUUAAAACAACAGAACAUGAUCCUGAUUCAGUCAAUGAAACCGGUACACGUUUACGUGAAAGAUUUUUAUAUUUAUAUCGACAUAAAAUUAUUUUAUGCCGACGUAAACGUGCUGAUAGUCGAUUAGAAGCAAAAUCAUUAGCAUUCAAACAAUCAUAUAAUACAAAUGAAAUAACUUUUAUUCAAGAGAACUUUCCUGAUGAUGAUAAAAAAUUUGAAAUAACAUUUAAUGAUAAUGAACGUGUUACAUUUUAUGCUCGAAAUGCUUUUUCAAAAAUGUCUUUAGUUAGAUCAUUAAGAGAUAAUCUUAAAUCUCUUGGUUUUGUUGAAGAAAUUGAAAUGAUUGAAACAACUGAAACUGAAGAUGAUACACAACAAAAACGUUCGACAACAAAAAAACGUUCGGUAGACGUUUUAGAAUCAACAACAUUGGAACAACAAAAACGUGGUCGUUCAUCAGGACAGGCAACAUCUGGUACAUCAGAUUUUUAUUCAGUUGGAAGUGAAACGGAAUCAAGUUAUCAAACAGCCGGAGAAAAUGAAGAUUUUAAACCAAAAUUUUUGAAAAAAUUAAAUGACACCUUAGCUACAGAGGGUGACUUUGUCACAUUAGAAUGUAUCGUUGUUAGUACAACACCAGUACAUGCUACAUGGUUCAAAAAUAAUAUUCCUUUACAAGAUAAUGCUGAUUGUCGAUUAAUACAAGAUGAUAAAACUUUUCAAUUAGUUAUUAAAGAAGCUUUUGUCGAAGAUGGAGGAGUUUAUUCAAUUAAAAUUUCAAAUCAUGCCGGAACAGUUAUUUGUAGUUGUAAAUUAUUUGUACGAGAAGAAAUGAGUGAUGAACGAACAAUACGAGACGAUUUAGUUAUUCGAGAAGGUUCAUCACCUGAAGCUAAAAGAGACACUACUGAUAAUGAAGAAGAAUUACGUAUAACAGAAAUGACAUAUGAUCAAGCUGGUGCAUAUAAAGUAACACCACAUAUUGGUCGAGCACCAAUUUUUCUUCAAUCUCUUAUGCCAAUUAUUUCUAAAGCUGGAGAUAUUGUUACAUUGAAAUGUACUGCUACAGCAACGCCUAUGCCAACUGCUGUUUGGUAUAAAAAUGGUCAAGAAAUUCAACCAGGUGGUCGUUAUUCAAUAUUUCAAGAUCAAAAUGGUACUCAUUCAUUAGUUAUAUCGGAUACUUUACCACAAGAUUCAGGUUCAUAUGAAAUUACUAUAAGAAAUCAAUAUGGUACAGCAAAUUCAAAAACAAAUUUACAAAUUCUUGAACGUGAAAGUGUUUUUAUUCCAAUUCCAAUAACUCGUGUAUCAACACAAGAAAAUGCAACAGCUAAAUUAUCAUGUGCAGUUAAACGUCCCGAUGUAUAUGUUGAUUGGUAUAAAGAUGAACAAGCAUUAUUUACCGAAAAACAACAAGAAAAUCAUAAAUAUAAACGUAUUGAUGAUGGUUUAGAAAGAGAAUUAAUUGUUAAAAAUGUAUCACCAGAUGAUCAAGGAGAUUAUGUUUGUCAAGCAGAUAAAUAUCGAGUUACACUUCAUCUUAAUGUUCAAGGACCUGCUGCUGAAUUUGUACGUCCACUUGAAAAUAUUGAAGUAACAGAAAAUAAUGAAGCUGUUUUUGAAUGUCAAUUAUCAAAAGAAGAUGCUCAAGUUGAAUGGUGGUUUCGUGGAGCGUCAAUUGUACCAUCACAACAUCAUUUAAUUGCAUCACGUGGUUAUAUUCGUCAAUUGAUUAUACCAAAAGUUGCUAUGAAUGAUGAAGGUGAAUAUUCAAUACGUGUCGAUAAUAAAAAUACAUCAACUGCUCAAUUAUUUGUCAAAGAACAACCGAUUAUAUUUCGUCGUCCUUUACGUUCACAAAUUGUUGAAGAAAGUUCUUUAACAGUAUCUAAUAAUGCUGUUUUUGAAUGUGAACUUAAUAAACCAUUAAAACAAAUGUUAUGGUUUAAAUCUAAUGUUCAACAUUUAGUUCCAUCAGAUAAAUAUCAAAUAGAAUCAUUUGCAAAUGGUCAUAUUCAUCGAUUAACUAUUCGUAAUGUUAAUUUACGUGAUGAUGGAGAAUAUACAGCAUCAACUGGAUUAAAUACAUCACAAGCUCGACUUACUGUUGAACCACUAUUACCACUUUUUAUUGUACCAUUAAUGGAUGCACGUGCUAAUACACGUGAAACUGUUAAAUUAUCUUGUGAAACUAGUCAUCCUUGUCAAGUUGUAUGGAUGCAUCGUGGAAAGAAAAUUAUUGAAAAUAGUUACAAAUAUACAAUAGGAAACUUUAAUAAUUCAACAUUACAUACUCUUGAUAUUGAUAAUUUGGACUUGCGUGAUCAAGGUGAAGUUUUAUGUUCCAUAGCGCAACAUCCAUCUGUCUCAACAACAUGUCAAUUACUCGUUGAAGAUGCUCAACAAAAAUCGGCCUUUUUUGCACCAUUAAAACCAUUUAUGGAAUUUGUUCGUGGUCAAGAUGCAACACUUGAAUGUGAAACAUAUGAAACAACAUAUUUUCAAUGGUUUAAAGAUGGUACAACAUUAAUGACAACAAGUAAUAAAUAUCGAACAGUCAGUGAUGAUAAACAUUCAACUUUAAUUAUAAAACAAUUUACUGAAUAUGAUGAAGGUGUUUAUACAUGUGUAACACGAGAAGGACAAUCAACAUCGACAACAAUUCGAACAGUUACUCAACAUGAACGAACACCACGAAGUGAAGAACGUUUUGGUUCAUAUAUGAAAAUUGAGUCACCACGUGCAAGUCGAACACCUGAAUUAGGUGGUUAUCGUUCAAGUUUGAGUCCAACAGCUCCUCAUUAUAUUCCAUCAUUAGGUGGUGAUGAUGAACGUCAUAGAUCACCACGUUUUGAAGAAACACGACGUACAAAAAAGAUUACAAUACAGGAAACAAGUGAACAACGAUUAUCUUCAGGACAUAGACCAAGUGGAACAACAUUUCGUCCAAGUGCAAGUCCAAGUCCACAACGUGAAUAUAUUCGUAGUGGUUAUUCAUCAGGAACAAGUCCUGAAAGAGAACAUCCAUCAAUGCCACGUCAUUUCUCACCAUCAACAACAACAUACAAAUCAUCAAGUCAAUUACAAGAUUUUGGUCAUUAUAUUGAUCGUAGUUCACAAUCUCCAUCACCAUCACCAACACGUAAAACAAGUAUUACAUUUACAAAUGUUAAUCCAUCAGCAAAAAUGCCGCCUGUCUAUGAAGAACAAGAUGAACAUCAACGACAUCGUUCAUCUGUUACAUUUUCACCAAGUCGAUCACCAGCUCGACAACCACCAUCACGUUUAUCAACAUCAGCUGAACGAAGAGUUGUUGAAAUGCAAAUACCAAUAAGCCCAUCUGUAUCACGUCAGGAAUUAAAACAUGCACCAUAUCGUGAAGAAUCUAUACCGGAAGAACGUAUACAGUUUCUUGAUAGUGAAACAUAUGAUAAACAGACACCAAUAUUUCAACGUGAAGAACCAUAUGGUUUAAGUACAUCACGUAUAAAUAUAACUGAAACAUUACCAAUGAUACAAAUAACUCAACCAUUAGUUGAUACACGUGUUGAACAAGGUAAACCAUUACGACUUGUUGUUGAAACAUCUCAACCAUCAAGUGAAGCUGUUUGGUUUAAAACUGAUAUUUAUUCAACAGCACCUAAUCAAGCUAAAAAACUUGAUGAAAAUGGAAAAUAUCAUAUGAUAACACAAGGUACAAGACAUAUUCUUAUUGUACCAAAUGCAACAGUUGAUGAUAACGGUGAAUAUAUAUGUCGAAUACAAAAUGCUAUGACUCGUGCUCAAGUACAAGUAACUAAUGAAGAUUUACAAUUUAUUCGACGUUUACCACAAUCAAUUGAUGUUAUUGGUGGACGUGAUAUUAUUAUUGAAUGUGAAAUGAAUAAAAUGGAUACACAAGCUAUAUGGAAAAAAGAUAAUGAAUUUAUUCGAACUCCUCAAAAAUUUAUUCCAGUAUCAGAAAAUAAGAAACAUAAAUUAAUUAUUAAAGAUGCAAGUAGUGAAGAUUCAGGUCUUUAUACAGUUAUUGUUAAUGAACUUGAAUCAACAACAUAUGUUAAUGUAACACCUGAACCAUUACUUAUAUUAAAACCACUUCAAGAUCAACGUGUACAUUCAGGUGAUAAAGUUACAUUUACAUGUGUUUGUUCAAAAGCACCUAAAACUGUUCAAUGGUAUAUAAAUGGUUAUCCAUUACCAAUUAAUGAACAUUAUCAAACAAGAUUAGUUGAUCGUGAAAUACAAUUAACAAUAGAUAAUGUACAAGAAUCUGAUAUUGGAACAAUAACAUGUUGUUUAAAUAAUACAAUAACAACAGCUAAUUUAACAUUAGAUGAUAAAGAUAAAACAUUGAAAUUUAUUAAACUAUUAGAAGAUGAUGAUACAGGAAAUAUUCAAGUUGAUUCACCAUUUAUGCUUGAAUGUCGAACAAAUCGACCAACAUAUCAAAUUCGAUGGUUUAAAGAUAAUAGAGAAAUUAGUCAAUAUGAUCAAAUUAUGAAAACAAUAUCUGAUGGAUGUACACAUGUACUUCAAAUUUCUCGUGCUCAACCUGAACACACCGGUCGAUAUCGUUGUGUUGUUGCCGAUUCUCUUGAAACUUCUUGUCAUAUAACAGUUCGUGAACCUGAUUAUCGUUUUAUUCAAUCAUUACCUUCAAAUAUUCAAUUUUCACCUGAAACUGAUCGAUCCUUGACACUCGAUGGUACACUUAAUCGUAAACCAACACAAAUUCAAUGGUUUAAAAAUAGUAUCGAAAUCUUUCCAUCACAAAAAUAUGAAUUAGUCAAUGAACAUCAUGUUAUUGCAUUAAUUAUUCAUGAUUUAUCAUCAGAUGAUCAAGGUUUAUAUCGUUGUGUUAUUGCUAAUGGACAAGCAACAAGUGAAUGUCAAGUAUCAAUGAAUUUAAUGACAGAAAAUGAUCGCCGUAUAAUAAAACCAUUACAAGAUCAAAAUAUAUAUGUACAUGAUACAUGUACAUUAAAUGUUAAAUUUCAAGGUGAUGCACCUGAUGUUAAAUGGUAUAAAAAUGGUCAAGAAAUUUAUCCAAAUAACAAAUAUCGUUUCGUACAACAUGGAAAUGAACAAACAUUAAUUAUAGAUGAUUGUCAAUUAGUACAUGAUCAAGCUUAUUAUAGUUUACGUCUACCUUCAAAUCCAAAACUUGAUUUAACAUCAUGUUAUGUUCAAGUUAAAGAUAAACAUGUUAAUAUAACAAAACCUCUUGAACCACAACGAUGUAUUUUAGGACAAGAACAACAAGUUCAAUUUGAUUGUGAAACAACACCAACAGAUAAAAAACCUGUUUGGUUCUUUAAUAAUCGACAAAUUGAUAAUACAUCAAAAUAUGAAUUAGUAUCAACAGAUAAUACACAUCAUUUAUUAUUUAUUCAUCAACCUGAAUUAUCUGAUCAAGGACAAUAUACAAUAUCAUUUCCUGAAAGUGAUCAAUCAUCAACAGCUAAUUUACAAGUUUUACAAACACCAUCAACAUUAGAAUUUAUUCAACCACUUGAUGAAGUAUUUUUGUGUGAAGAAGGUGAUAAUUUUGUACUUGUUGCACGUACAAAUAAACCAACACAUGUUAGUUGGAUGAAAAAUGGUUAUAAAUUAUCAAUUAAAUCAAAAUUAGAUUCAUUACCAACAAAUGAACAUCGUUUAACAGUUGAAAAAGCACAAAAACUUGAUCAUGAAGGUAUAUAUACAUGUAUUAUUGAUGCAAAUAAUGUUGCAACACAAUGUCAUGUUAAAAUUAUUGAACGUGAAUUACAAUUAAUUCAACCAUUACCUAAACAAAUACGUUUAAAUGAACAUGAUACAUUAACAUUAAUAUGUGAAACAAAUCGUAAACCUAAAAAAGUUCAAUGGUUUAAAGAUCAAUCUAAUAUACCAUUAGAAACAAAUAAUUCAUUAAUGAUUAUUAAUGCUGAUGAAACAUGUACAUUAAUUAUUAAUAAUGCUAAUAAAUUUGAUUCAGGUAUAUAUACAUGUCGUCUUGAAGAUCGUUUAAUAACUGUUUCGGAUGUUAAAAUACAUGAAUCUGCUGCACAAUUUGUUGAUGGACCACAAUCAUAUCUUGUUUGGAGACGACGAGAAGAUGGACCUGUUGUUAAUAUUAGUUGUACAUUAAAUAAACCAAAUGUACCAGUAAAAUGGUUUCGAGAAAAUCAAGAAAUUCGACCAGAACUUAAUAAUAAAUAUGAAAUUAUUUCUGAAGGUACUAUUCAAUGUUUAUUAAUACAUGAUGCACAAAAAGAAGAUUCAAAUAAAUAUGUUAUUUCAUUGGGAUCUACUUAUCGUGCAUGUCAUCUUGAUGUUAUUGAUGAUACUGGAAUAUCAACUGAUGAGGAAGGUUUUGAUCGUGUUGUACAACCUUUAACGACUCUUCAACGACAAGAAGUUAUGGAAGGUGAUUCUCUAACAAUUGAAGUUUCACCUGAUAGUGAUCUUCAACCAUUAUCACCAAAUCAAUUUCGUUUCUUAAAAAAUAAUCGUCCUAUAGUUGGCGAUUCUCAUAUACAAUUAGAACGUGAUACUUCAUCUAUUGAUUCAAAUCGAUGGUUAAUUCGUUUAGUUGAUGUUGAUCUUAAUGAUUCAGGUGUUUAUUCAAUUGAAAUAAAUAAUCAAAUACGACAAGAUUUACUUGAUUUACAUGUUAAAAAACGUCCAAUGCAACGACAAUUUAUAACGUUACCAAAAGAUGAAUUUUAUUUACAUGAAACAAUAACACUUGAAUGUAAAUUUGAACGACCAAUAAAAACAAAAAAUCUUCAACCAACAUGGUUUAAAAAUGGUCGGCCAAUACAACCAUCUAAUCAUUAUAUAGUUAGUGUUGAAAGUCCAAUAAAAGAUGGUCCAACAAAAUAUUCAAUAACAAUUAAAGAUGUUGAUUUUACUGAUGAAGGUGUCUAUGAAUUACGUAGUGAUUAUCUUAUUGUUGAAACUCCAUUUAUUCGUAUUGUUGAAAGACCAAUUCAACCAGCACCUUUACGUACCGUAACUGAAGGUGAUAGUCUUCAAAUAGAUGUUAAUAUUGAUCAAAAUGAAUAUCAACAAAUUUCACCAGACGAUUUACUUAAUCAAAUAACAAUAUUAAAAGAUAAUCGUGCAAUAAUAAAUAAACCUGAAAUAAAUAAAUGGUUUGAUGGUCAACAAUUUAAAGUAGAAUUAAAAAAUUUAUCAUUAAAUGAUCGUGGUUUAUAUGAAAUUGAUAUUCAAGGACAACGUACACCAAUAUGUUUACUUGAUGUUAAAGAACGACAACCAGAUGUAUUUUUACUUGAAUUAGAUCGAAAUACAUUUGAAGAAGGUGAAACAAUACGUUUGGCAUGUACAUUUCCACAACGACCAGGUCCAAUAGCAAAUUGGUUUAAAGAUGGACAAUUAAUUCAUCCACAUGAUAAUAUACAAUUAACUGAUGAAAAUAAUACAUUAACGAUUAUUAUACGUAAUGCUAAACGAACUGAUUCAGGUGUUUAUGAAGUUCGUAUUGGUUCAGUUAUUGCUCGAGCACCUAUGAUUCAUGUUAUACCUAAACAACAAUUACAACAACAACAACAACCGGAUAUACCAGUACAAAAUGUUCGAGAAGGUGAUACAGUUACAUUAUCAGUUGAAGGUUUACAAACAAAUGUUAGACCACAAGAUAUUCAAUUAUUAAAAAAUGGAAAACCAAUUAUGUUUUCACAAAAACCAAAGACAUCAAUGAAACGAGAAGAUGAUAAACUUCGUAUUAUAUUACAAACAUUAGCACUUGAUGAUUCAGCUUUAUAUAGUGUACAAAUUCAAAAUGAUAUUCAUCCAUUAGCAAAAAUUGUUGUUGAACCACGUCAACCUGAAAUUCAAGAGAUGCAACUUGAACAAGAUACAUUUUAUGUUGGUGAUACAGUUACACUUGAUUUAGAAUUUACAAAUGAACCAACAGAACAACCACGUUGGGCAAAAGAUAAUAUUCCACUUCGAAAUAAUGAUCGAGUAUCAAUAAAUAAUAUUGGAAAUCGAGUUACUUUAAUCGUACGAGACUUACGAUUAGAUGAUGCUGGUAUUUACGAAGUUCAAAGUGGUCCAUUAAUUGUUCGUACACCACAUAUAAACGUAAUUGAACGUUCACAUGAUAUAACUGAAAUUGUUGAUGAAACUAUAACAUAUACAAUAACACCAAAUCGUCCAUUACCACCUGUUGAAGCAAAAGUUUGUACAAUAAAAGAAGGUGAUGAUGUUACACUUAAAAUAAGUUCACCAACACCAAUAACAAUAAAUGAUGUUCAAUUAUAUAAAAAUGGUCAACCAAUACCAACUGAUAAUGAAACUCGAAAACAUCUUCGUCUUGAACAAUUUGGAAAUAAAGAUGUUCGUUUAACAAUAAAAGAUGCACGUUUAAUUGAUACCGGAGAAUAUAGUGCAUUAAUUAAUGAUAAUAUUCAACCAAUAAUAAAACUUGAUGUUCAACCACGUGAUAUGCAAAUACAAAUGAUUAAUUUACCACAAGAUACAUUUAAUGAAGGUGAAACAUUAAAAAUUGAUUGUCGAUUUCCACAUUCAAAUAUAAAUACAGAUUAUCAAUGGUAUAAAGAUAAUCAACCAUUAAUACCAAAUGAUCGUAUUGUAAUGAGAAAAGAUGCAUUUAAUGAUUCAUUAGUUAUUGUUAAUUUACAACCGACUGAUGCUGGUGUUUAUGAACUUCGAAGUCGUAAUAAUAUUUUACGUACACCAUUAAUUAAAGUAAUUCCAUUAGAUAAAAAAAUUAAUAUCGAAGAAUUACGACCACAAGUUAGUUCAAAACUUGUUCAUGAAGGUGAUACGGUUACUUUUGAAUUAACACCAAAUUUUGAUGUACCAUUAAAUAAAAUUGAAUUAUUUCAUGAAGAAAAUCCAAUAACACAUGAACCAUAUGUUCAUAUGAAAAAAGACUAUAAAACAAAUUCAAUAACUGUACAAAUUGAAGAUAUUAAAAUACCUGAUCACGGUUUAUACACAGCUAUUGUACAAGGCCAAUCAGUACCAUUAGCUGAAUUAAUUGUUGAACAGCGACCAACAAUCAUACAAAAUAUGGAUUUACCAAAAGAUGUUUUUUAUACAGAUGAACGUCUUGAACUUGAAUGUGAAUUUCCACAAGUACCAAAAGGUGAUCAACCAAAAUGGUUUAAAAAUAAUCAACCAUUACAAUCAACAUUAAAUGUACAUUUAGUAACUGAAAAUCAGGGACGAAAACAUUCAUUAAUUAUUGAUCAUUUAAAACCAGAAGAUACAGGACAAUAUGAAUUAAGAGUUAAAGGUUUAAUUGUUCGUACACCAUUAAUACGUGUUAUACAACGAGAACAACCACAAACUGAAGAACAACCAAGUCCAUAUAUUGUUACUGAAGUGGAAGAUAGUCAAGAUAAAUUUAAACUUAAACCUGAACCACCACAAAGACGAAUAAGUAACGUUGUUAUUGAAGAUAUUACUAAUCAACCAAGUGCUCCAUCUGAACCAACAUCCCGUGAAAAUACGCAACGGGUUCAAGAAGGUGAUUCCAUAAAAUUAAAAGUCGUUAGUACAUUCGAUGUAAAACCAAAUCAAUUUCGUUUAAUACAUGAUGGUGCACCAGUUGAUUUGAAAAAACGUUCAUCAAUUAUUAUUGAACGUGUAUCAGCUGGUACAUAUGCUGUAUCAUUACUUAAUCUUCGUGUAUCAGAUUCAGGUCUAUAUGAAUAUCAAAUUGAAGGUGCUCCAACACCUAAACAUUUAGUUAAACUUUAUGUUGAACCACGACCAAUAAAAGAAAAAACUCUUCAUGUACCACAAACAACAUUUAAUGUUGGUGAAUCAAUUUUAUUUAAAAUUGAUUUUGAUGAAAAAGAUCAAAUAACUGAAAUACCUAAAUGGUAUAAAAAUGAAAUGAUUAUACCAAUUGAUACAAGUUCAAGACAUAAACAAACUAUUGAUCGUAUUAAUCGUACACAUACAUUUGAAAUAUAUAAUUUACAAUUAGAAGAUAGUGGUGUUUAUGAAAUGCGUACACCAAAUUUAACAGUUAAAACACCUGAAAUUAAAAUUAUACCUCAACCAGUACAAAAACCAGUCGAAGAAGAAAUUCGUCCAACACAACAAACUGUUCGACAAUCAUCUCUUACAAUUGAUAUGAAAAAACCUAAAGAACAAUUAGUUGAAUCACGACCAGUCGAAGAAUUUCAACUUAUUGACGAAAAUAUACCAAUUCAUGAAGUAACUGAAGGUGAUAUGAUGCAUUUAACCGUUGAAAAACCUUCAACUGUUCAUUUAUCUGAUAUAAAAUUAUUUAAAAAUAAUCAACCAUUAGUAUCAUCUAAAAAUAUUCAUGUUGAAUCAACAUCACCAACAACAAUUGAUAUUAAAUUUUCACCUGUUGAAUUAAUUGAUACUGGUUUUUAUUCAAUUAAAAUACGUGAUCAAAUUCAACCAAUAAUGCAAUUAAAUGUACGUGAAAAACCUAUUCAAAGACAAAUUAUGAAUUUACCACAAGAUACUUUUAUUGAAAAUGAAACAUUAACUAUUGAAUGUAAAUUUGAUUCGAAACCAGAUGCAAAAUUUGUUUGGACAAAAGAUGGUUCUAUUUUAUAUAAUGAUUCAAGAAUUAUUAUUAAACAAAAAAAUGAAACAUUUACAUUAAUUAUUAAAGAUUUAAAAUUAUCUGAUCAAGGUGUUUAUUCACUUGAAAGUAAAUAUUUAAUAUUAGAUACACCAUUCAUUCAUAUUUUACCAAAACAACAACAACCAACUGUUCAAAUUCAACAUGAUGAAACAGCAGUAACUAUGCAGCCCAGUGUAACAGUUGCUGAUAAAGAAGAUAAAAUUGAAGAAAUAAAAAUAAAAGAACAACCAUUGGAGCAAACUCCGGCACCGACAGCUUUCAUUGAAUCUGCAAAAAAGAAACCAGAUGAAACAAUAACGACAACAACAACAGUUGAACAACAACAAGAACCAUCAGUUCAAGUUAGUUCAUCAGCUGUUAAACCUAAACAACCAACAGAAGAUAUUAGUGUUCAAACUCAACAAUCAGUUCCAGUUGAGCAAGUUGUUGAAGUCAAAACAACAACUGUUGAAGAAACUCAACCACAACCAACAGUAACUGUCACCGAACAACAAGAACAAAUUAUUGAACAACCAAUUGUUACUCCUGUCGAACAACCAAAACCUUCUGUUGAAACUCAACAAGAAAAAGAACAAGAGCAAGCUGUUAAAACAACGACUCAAGUUGAAGAACAACCCGUCCCACAAGUUACAACCGAUGCAUUAUCAGCUCAACCAAAAACAGAGGAACAAACAAUACUUACUACUGAUAUGACGACUACACAGGAACAAAUAAGUCCUGCCGUGACUACUGAACAAGAAGUAAUACAAACUGAAAAACCACAAUCUAUAGUAACAACGGAAAAGCAGAUUGAAACAGUAGAGAAAAGGCCUGAAGUUGAAAAGCCGAUAGUUGAACAAACCAUAACCAAAGCAGAGGAAACAACAAUAACAAGAGACAUUACUCCUCUCAUAGAAGACAUUACUAAAGAACGAAGACCUAUCGCAGAACAACCAACAGUAUCUGAACAAGCUGUAACAGUUACUGAAGAAAUACAACAAAAGGAAAAAGCACCCGCCGAAGAACAACCAAAAGAAGAAACUUCAAAACCAUCACAGACAGUGGUCACAUCUACUGAAGAAGUUAUUGAAGAAAAGCCGAAAAUUCCUACAACAACUACUGAAGAAAUGACGAUCACUGAAGAAGUUACUCAAGAAAAGAAAGCACCAACAGAAGAACAACCAAAACAUCUAACCGAACCUACUGUGCUUGUCGAAGAAAGCAUUGCAAAGAAACCUGAACCACAACCUCUUGAAGAGGUAACUACACUUGUUCAAGAUGAGAUUAUCAUUGAAGAACACAAGCCAACUAUAGCGAAACCAACUGAAGAGACGUUUGUAACAGAAGAGAUAGUUCCAGAAGUACUAACUAAGAUGCCUGAAGAAGACAGAAAAUCUGUUGCAGUACAAUUAGGUUCCAUCGAAAAGUCAACACUUGAGCAAACCAUCACAAAAGACGAAGAAAUCACAACCGAAACUACUCCGACAGUUAAAGGAACUUCGCCUAGCACCACUGAAGAAAUCAAUCAACAAGAUAUUAUGCCUAUGAUACAGGAGACACAAAAAUCCACUGAAAAAAUACCGAGUGUCACAGAGUUGCCUACUAUACAAGAAACGAUCAAAGAGCAGCCACCCGAAACUAAAGCUGUUGCAACAGUGAUUGAAAGAAAACCUGACUUAAGACCCAGCGAAGAGGUAACCACAACACUUCAAGAAGAAAUCAUUAUGGAAGAAGAGAAGCCUACUACCUAUCAGACAACUGAAACAAUCACUACUGACACACCUACUGUCACUACUGAAGAGAAAACUAUCACAGUUGCAGAAAAAUUAAUUUCAGACGAAAACCGUAAUCUUCAACAAACUAUCACGGAAGAAGAACAAGCGAUUGUCACUACCGAAACGACUAUACUCGAGCAAGAAAAACCAUCGAAACCUGCCGAAGUGCCAGUACAAACAGUUGAAGAAACCACAAAUCUAGCGAUAACUCUACAAACACCUAUCCAUACAAAGCUUGUAAUUUUAAAAGAUGGUCUACCUUUGCCUGUUACUGAACAUUUACAAAUAACACCAAUUUCCCUCACAACAACCAAAAUAGAAAUUAUCAAAGCUAAGCCUGAAGAUGAAGGUGAAUAUACCAUGGUUGUUGAUGGAAAAGAACAACCAUUGAUGAAACUUCAAGUCACUCCAAAACCAGUUGUUCGACAAGAAAUACAAAUACCAAAAGUUAAAUUCAAUGAAAAAGAAACACUUACGAUUGUUUGUCAAUUUGAUGCUACACCUGAAGAACCUUUCAGCUUUCUUCAUAAUGAACAACCAAUUGUACCAGAUUCUCGUGUGACAACUACUGUUGAAGACAAUAAAUAUACAAUUGUCGUAAAAGAUCUUCGUCCAGAAGAAGAUGAAGGUGUUUAUACACUUAAAUCAGAUCAUUUGAUUCUCGACACACCAGCAAUCACUGUCGUUCCUGAAGAAAAGAAACCCAAAACAGAAACAACUACUGUAGAAGAAGAAAAAGUUACAGUUGUACCACAACAGGAACAACCUCAAACCGUUGUCCAAGAAGUAAAAGAAGUAACACAAAUACCAGAAGAGAAAAAGCCCGAAGAAGGUGUCGAACUGCCGACUCAAGAAAUUCAAGAAGGUACUACUGUUACUUUAACUGUAGAAAUACCGGAAGUACGACUGAAAGUUAUUCCUAAACCAAUUACUCGUCAAACAAUGGACAUACCACAAACAACAUUUAAGGAAGGUGAAACAUUGACAAUAAAAUGUGAAUUUGAUGCUACGCCUGAAGAAAAAUUUGAAUUCUUGAGGAAUGGAAAGCCUCUUAAACCUGAUAAUCGAAUUUCGACUACUGUUGAACGUAAUACAUAUACAAUUGUUGUGAAAGAUCUUCGACCAAAAGAAGAUGAAGGUGUUUACACGCUACAAUCAGAUCAUUUGAUUCUUGAUACACCAUCAAUUGUUGUUGUGCGAAUCGAGCACAGGGAAGAAUCAAAGGAAACAGUAGACGUAGUGGAAGAAACCGAAGAGGAAACUAUCAUUAUUGAAGCCGCUAGAAAACCGGAAGUUGUGGAUGUCGAAGUUGUUGAAAAAAGAAUGGAGGAACCAUUUGAGACCGAAGAAACCAAGGAAGUCUUUACCAAAACAGAACUGGGUCCACAAGAAGAAAAAACAACACCGGCUGAAACCGAGCAGCAGAAAACUGUAGAGGGGAAGAAACCACAACCUGUCGAAGAAACACAACUGAAAAUAGCUGAAGACCAACAACCAAAGCCCGUGCAAGAAGAGAAAGCAAAACCAGCUGAAGAACAACCGAAACCGACUAAAGAACAGCCAAAGCCUGUCGAGGAAGAAAAACCACAACCGGUUGAAGAAAUAUCCAAACAGGUGGAACUAGAAAAACCAAAACCUCCUGAACAAGAACAGCCUAAACCUGUCGAACAUGAAAAACCAAAACCGAUUGAAGAAGAAAUACCCCGACCGGUUGAAGAAGAAAUACCCCGACCCGUCGAAGAAGAGAAACUAAAACCGGCUGAAGAAGAAAAACCACAACUGGUUGAACAAGAACAGCCUAAACCUGUCGCAGAAGAAAAACCCAAACCGAUUGAAGAAGGACAGACUCAACCUAUCGAAGAAGAAAAACCAAAACCGGUUCAAGAAGAACAGCCUCAACCUGUCGAAGAAGAAAAACCAAAACCGGUUCAAGAAGAAAUAUCCAAACCAAUCGAGGAAGAAAAACCAAAACCAGUUGAAGAAGAGAAACCAAAACCGGUUGAACAAGAACAGCCUCAACCUAUCGAAGAAGAAAAACCUAAAUCAGCUGAAGAAGAAAAACCAGAACCAAUCGAAGAAGAGAAACAAAAACCUGCUGAACAAGAACAGCCUAAACCUGUUGAACAAGAAAAACAGAAACCGGUUGAAGAAGAAUUAUCCAAACCGGUUGAGGAAGAAAAACCGAAACCAGUGGAAGAAGAGAAACCACAACCGGCUGAAGAAGAAAAACCAAAACCGAUUGAAGAAGAAAAACCAACACCGGUUGAACAAGAACAACCUAAACAUGUCGAAGAAGAAAAACCUAAACCAGUUGAAGAAGAAAAACGAGAACCAAUGGAAGAAGAGAAACCAAAACCGGUUGAACAAGAACAACCUAAACCUGUCGAAGAAGAAAAACCAAAACCGGUUGAAGAAGAAUUAUCCAAACAGGUCGAGGAAGAAAAACCUAAACCAGUUGAAGGAGAAAAACCAGAACCAAUCGAAGAAGAGAAACAAAAACCUGCUGAACAAGAACAGCCUAAACCUGUCGAAGAAGAAAAACCAAAACCGGUUGAAGAAGAAAAACCAGAACCGAUUGAAGAAGAAAAACCAAAACCGGUUGAACAAGAAAAACCAAAACCGGUUGAAGAAGAAUUAUCCAAACAGGUCGAGGAAGAAAAACCUAAACCAGUUGAAGAAGAAAAACCAGAACCAAUCGAAGAAGAGAAACAAAAACCUGCUGAACAAGAACAGCCUAAACCUGUCGAAGAAGAAAAACCAAAACCGGUUGAAGAAGAAUUAUCCAAACCGGUCGAGGAAGAAAAACCUAAACUAGUUGAAGAAGAAAAACCAAAACCUGCUGAACAAGAACAGCCUAAACCUGUUGAAGAAGAAAAACGAAAACCGGUUGAACAAGAACAACCUAAACCUAUCGAAGAAGAAAAACCUAAACCAGUUGAAGAAGAAAAACCAGAACCAAUCGAAGAAGAGAAACAAAAACCUGCUGAACAAGAACAGCCUAAACUUGUCGAAGAAGAAAAACCAAAACCAAUUGAACAAGAACAACCUAAACCUAUCGAAGAAGAAAAACCUAAACCAGUUGAAGAAGAAAAACCAGAACCAAUCGAAGAAGAGAAGCCAAAACCUGCUGAACAAGAACAGCCUAAACCUGUGGAAGAAGAAAAACCAAAAUCGAUUGAAGAAGAAAAACCGAAACUCGAAGAGCAUCCGAAACCUGUAGAAGAAGAGAAGUUUACAUCAGCGGAACAAGAGAACUUGAAGCAGAUGGAAGUAGAAAAACCUAUAGAAGAAAUUCAACCCGAAUCUAUGGAAGAAAAGAAAGUCGAUCGUACGUCAACUGAAGAAACCGAAUUAGCGGAAGUCGAAAAACCAGAACUAGUGACCACAGAGGAACAGCUCACGAGAACUCUUGAACAAGAGAUUCCUGUCCAUGAAGUCGAAGAGAAUACAACUGUCACUCUCACUGUUGAUACACCUUCUCGUGACAUCCGUCUUCUUAAAGAUAAUAAGGAAUUAAAACCUUCAGAACAUAUCAAAGUUAUACACACAUCAUCAACAACUAUCGAGAUUCAAAUUAUAAAAGCUAAACCUCAAGAUGAAGGAAUAUAUAGUGUUCUCAUUGAUAAAAAAGAACAACCAAUAGUACGACUGAAAGUUAUUCCUAAACCAAUUACUCGUCAAACAAUGGACAUACCACAAACAACGUUUAACGAAGGUGAAACAUUGACAAUUACAUGUCAAUUUGAUUCUCCGCCUGAAGAAACAUUUGAAUUCUUGAGGAAUGGAAAGCCUCUUAAACCUGAUAAUCGAAUUUCGACUACUGUUGAACACAAUACAUAUACAAUUGUCGUGAAAGAGCUUCGUCCAAAAGAAGAUGAAGGUGUUUAUACAUUUAAAUCGGAUCAUUUGAUUCUCGACACACCAUCGAUUAAAGUUGUAUCGAAACCUAAAGAGGCUGAAAAAGUAGAACCGCAAGAAAUAAUCGAGGUACGAGAAGUACCGGCGGAAGAAAAGAAGGAACAAAUCCCACAACGUGUCGAAGAAACGACAAUAGAAGAACAUAUUGUAACGGAAGAAAUUUCUCAACCUCAAGAAUCAAUAACUACCGAAGCACAAGAAAAGAAAGAGGAAUUAACGCUCCUCACAGAGCAGCCACAACCCACCAUAAAGAAGAUAGUUACUCAGUUACCUGUACAUGAAGUUGAAGAAACAAGUACUGUAACAUUAACUAUUGUAAAACCACAAAGUACAAAACCAGAAGAUGUUGUUUUACUUAAAGAUGGAGAAGAGUUAAAACCUUCAAAUCACAUUGUUGAAGAAGCACCAAAACCAACCGUCAAGGAACCAGAAGUCCCUGAGAAAGUAGUUGAAGAAGAGACAGUGACUGUUGAAAUAAAACCGGUAGACAUCGUUCCUGAACCGAUUGUUGAAAAACCUACCGUCGAAGAAGUUCCUGAAGAAGAAGAAAGAACAUAUCGAAGUGAAAUUGAACUUGCAAUUGUUCGUGUUCCAGCAGGUGAUACAAUAACAAUUCGUAUACCUGAUUCAAAAACCAUAGAAACAAAUGAAAUAAAUGUUUAUAUAAAUAAUCAACCUGUAACAACAUUGAACAAUGAGGAUAGUCGUAUUACUAUUGAAAAAGAUGGUGAAACUGAUAAUUAUGUUGUUCUAUCGGAUGCUAAACCUGAAGAUACUGGUCGAUAUACUGUUGAAUUCAAUGGAAAAUUACAACCACUUUGUAUGCUUGAAGUAACAGAACCAAGAUUGAAAAAAACCGAAGCUCAAAUACCAAUAAAAGAAACUGUCGUCGAAGAAGUUGUCGAAGAAGAAGAGGAAGUUACACCAGCAGAAAUUCCAACAUAUGAAGUUGUUGAAGGUAAUAGUGUUAAUCUCAGAAUUGAACAACCAGCAGGUACAAAUAUUAAACAAAUAUUUUUGCUACAAAAUGAUAAAAAAUUGGAACCAAAUACUCGUUUGAAAAUCAAACCAACAUCAUCAACAACUAUUGAAAUAACUUUAGAAAAUGUGAAACCAAAUGAUGAAGGUAGUUAUUCAAUUCAAUUUGGUGAUCAACCAAGUCAAAAAUUAAUGAUUUUGAGAGUUUUACCAAAACCUGUUAUUCAUGAUUCUCUUCAUUUACCAAAAGAUGUUUUUGAAGAAGGUGAAACAUUAACUAUACAAUGUGAAUUUGAUAACAGACCAGAAGAAACUUUAGUUUGGAAACUAAAUGAUACUCCAUUAAAUCCGCUUAUCGAUGAGAGAGUUACUAUUGAAGUAACAGAUGAUGGAAAAUCAUACACUUUGACAAUCAAAGAUUUGCGACCUAAACAACAUGAAGGAGUUUAUAAACUUGAAAGUCCACAUUUAGUACUUGAAACAUCAUUUAUUCGUGUAAUUCAGAAUGUUCAAGAAGAAGAAGAAGAGACAACUAUUUUAGUCGAAGACGAAGAAACUGAAUCCUUUGAAUUACAAAGAAAACCCAAGACAGAAAUAGCCGAAGAAAAACAGGAAACUAUUUCACAAGAAACUGUAUCAGAACAAGUUGUUCAGCAACCACCACCUGUCAUUCAAGAAGAAAAACCAACACCUCUUCAACAACAGCAGCAACCCGAACAGAAACCCGUCGAAGAAGAGAAACCAACACCGGUUGAAGAAGAGACACCGAAGCCGGUCGCAGAAGAAAAACCAAAGCCGGUCGAAGAAGAGAAACCAAAACCGGUUGAAGAAGAGAAACCCAAACCUGUCGAAGAAGAGAAACCCAAACCGGUUGAAGAAGAGAAACCAAAACCUGUCGAAGAAGAGAAACCAAAACCGGUUGAAGAAGAGAAACCCAAGCCGGUUGAAGAAGAGAAACCCAAACCGGUCGAAGAAGAGAAACCCAAGCCGAUUGAAGAAGAGAAACCAAAACCGGCUGAAGAAGAGAAACCCAAACCUGUCGAAGAAGAGAAACCAAAACCGGUUGAAGAAGAGAAACCAAAACCGGUUGAAGAAGAGAAACCCAAACCUGUCGAAGAAGAGAAACCAAAACCGGCUGAAGAAGAGAAACCAAAACCUGUCGAAGAAGAGAAACCAAAACCGGUUGAAGAAGAGAAACCCAAACCGGUUGAAGAAGAGAAACCCAAACCGGUUGAAGAAGAAAAACCAAAACCAGUUGAAGAAGACAAACCAAAACCAGUUGAAGAAGAAAAACUCAAAGCUGUUGAAGAAGAGAAACCCAAACCGGUUGAAGAAGAGAAACCAAAACCGGUUGAAGAAGAAAAACCAAAACCUGUCGAAGAAGAGAAACCCAAACCGGUUGAAGAAGAAAAACCAAAACCAGUUGAAGAAGAAAAACCAAAACCAGUUGAAGAAGAAAAACUCAAAGCUGUUGAAGAAGAGAAACCCAAACCGAUUGAAGCAGAGAAACCAAAACCGGUUGAAGAAGAAAAACCAAAACCUGUCGAAGAAGAGAAACCGAAACCGGUUGAAGAAGAAAAACCAAAACCAGUUGAAGAAGAAAAACUUAAACCUGUUGAAGAAGAGAAACCCAAGCCGGUUGAAGAAGAUAAACCCAAACCGGUCGAAGAAGAAAAACGGAAACCUGUUGAAGAAGAGAAACCAAAACCUGUCGAAGAAGAGAAACCCAAACCGGUUGAAGAAGAAAAGCUUAAACCUGUUGAAGAAGAGAAACCCAAGCCGGUUGAAGAAGAGAAACCCAAACCGGUCGAAGAAGAAAAACGGAAACCUGUUGAAGAAGAGAAACCAAAACCUGUCGAAGAAGAGAAACCAAAACCGGUUGAAGAACAAGCGCAACCUGAACCAACUCCUGUACCGGAGGAAAAACCAACACCAGAGAAACCACUUUCUGAGCCAGUGCCAGAAACACAAGAACCCGUUCCUCUCGAAGAAAUCCCAGAGGCCAAAGAAACCGUUCCCGAACUCAAGGCUCAAGAACAAAAGCCACAACCCAAAUUCAUCAAAGAUCUUAAAUCAAAUAAAACUACUCUUCUCGAAGGUGACCAACUCAUUAUUGAUGGAGAACUUGACUCAGUACCAACAAAAGUUCAAUUACAAAUAAACGGCCAACCUGUGCCGGACGAUCGUGUAAAGACUGAUGUUAAAGACAAAAAGAUUAAAUUUACAUUAGACAACAUUCAAUUAGAUGAAUCAGGAGAUUUUACUGUUAAAGCCAAUGAUGAAGUUGAAAGCAAACCUGUUUCGAUCACCGUUAAUGCAGAUAUCCCGAAAUUUGUUAAGAACUUAACAAUUAACAAAAAACAAUUCAAUGCUGGAGAAACAUUAAAUUUUGAAUGCACACUGAACAAACCAUACGACCAAAUAGUCUGGCUUAAAGAUGGACAACCCAUUGAGCAAAAUGAACACAUACAAUUUACAAAAGAUGGACCCAAACUUAAGCUUACUAUCAAAGAUGCACAACCAGAAGAGCAUACUGGCACUUAUUCACUUAAAGUAAAAGAUGUCGAAAGUGAUAAACUGUCUGUUACUGUUACAAAGAAAAUACCAAAAUUCAUUAAAGAGCUAAAACCAAACAAAACCACACUUCUUGAAGGAGAACAAUUAACACUUGAAUGUGAACUAGACACAACACCAACUUCCAUUCAGCUUCAAAUUAAUGGAGAAAAGACGGAAGUCAAAGAUAAAAAACUCAAAUUCACCCUUGAUAAUGUUAAAUUAGAUGAAUCUGGGGACUAUACCGUGAAAGUGAAUGAUGAAGUUGAAAGUAAACCAGUCGCAAUCAAAGUGAAUGCUGAUGUUCCGAAAUUUGUUAAAAAUCUCACAAUCAACAAAAAACAGUUUGAUAUUGGAGAAACACUUAACUUCGAAUGUACUCUCAAUAAACCAUUCAAUGAAAUCGUUUGGUUCAAAGAUAGUCAACCAAUCGAACAAGAUGAACAUGUUCAAUUCGUGCAAGAUGGACCCAAACUUAAAUUGAUUAUUAAAGACGCUCAACCAAAAGAUCAUACUGGUACUUAUUCAGUUCAAGUCAAGAAUGUUGAAAGUGAUAAGGUACCUGUUACUGUUACUAAGAAAGUACCGAAAUUUGUCAAAGAUCUGAAAGCAAAUAAGACACCAUUAACUGAAGGUGAACAAUUGAUACUUGAAUGUGAACUUGAUAUGGCACCAUCUAAAGUUGAACUUAUACUAAAUGGAGAAAUAGUUCCAAAUGAUCGAAUAAAACCUGAAAUUAAAGACAAAAAGAUUAAGUUCACAUUGGAUAAUAUUCAAUUGAACGAAUCAGGUGAUUUUACAGUUAAAGUGAAUGAUGAAGUGGAAAGUCAGCCAGUUUUAAUCAAAGUGAAUGCUGAUAUUCCAAAAUUUAUUAAAAAUUUAAGUAUUAAUAAAAAGAAAUUUGAUAUUGGAGAAACUUUGAAUUUCGAAUGUACAUUAAAUAAACCAUUCAAUCAAAUUGUUUGGCUUAAAGACAAUGAACCAAUUGAAGAAGAUGCACACAUCCAAUUCUUUGUCGACGGUCCAAAACUAAAGAUGACAAUAAAAGAUGCACAACCUUCUGAUCAUACUGGCACUUAUUCUGUUCGAGUGAAAGACGUUGAAAGUGAUAGAAUACCUGUAGUUGUCCAAGAAAAACCGUUAACAUUUGUCAAAGAUCUGAAAGCAACAAAACCAACGUUAGACGAAAAUGAAACAUUAGAAUUGUCUUGUCAAUUAAGUCGGCCAUUGAAACCUGAUGAAACAAUUCAAUGGUAUCGCAAUGAAAUACAAAUUCCUAUUGUACAAGAGUAUCCCAAUGAACAAAUUAAUUUACAAAUUCCAAAUGUUGACACAACAAUAUCUGGUGAUUAUUAUUUAGAAAUUUCUAGUCCUUAUGAGAAAAAACCAUUAAGAAGUGCAACAAUAAAAAUAACAAUCAAACAAGAAGAAAUCAAAUUUCUUAAACCACUUCGUGCAUUGAAAAAUCCAUUGAAUGAAGAUGAAACAUUAAUACUUGAAUGUGAAUUAGAUAAACCAACUUAUAAAUCCGUAAAAUUUUCUUUUAAUGAUAAACCAUUAAAUGAAGAUGAAGAUGAUCGUAUAAAAAUAUCUCAAACAGGCAAUAAAUGGCAAAUUCAAAUUACACAUGUUAAACAAGAAACUGAUGAAGGUGAUUAUACAGUUACAAUUAAUGAUAAACUUACUUCACCAAAAGUUAAAGUAACAAUUAUAAAACCACUUACAUUCAUUCAAGAUUUAACUGUAUCAAAUUCUGAGCCGAUUGUUGAUGAAACAAUAACAUUUCAAUGUGAAUUAUCUCGUCCAUUACCAACAGGUGAUAGUAAAGAUCUUUCAUUAACACUCAAUGGAAAACCAUUAUCAAAUGAACAAACAAGACGUUUAAAAGUUGAUGUUAGUUCAACAAGUCCGAAAAUAGUUUUAACAUUAUCAAACGUUAAAUUAACUAUUGAUCAAGGUAAUUAUCAAUUAAAGAUUCUUCAUCCACAAGAACUUCAAUCACAAACGGUUAAUGUUAAAAUUCUACCAAAACCAAUUGAAGUUAUUCAACCAUUACAAUCUGAUAAAGAAAAUAUUUUUGAAGAAGAUACACUUGUCCUUUCAACAAAAUUAAAAAAUGUUCCUGAAAAUCCAACUAUUGUUUGGUUGAAAGAUAAUCAACCAAUAUCAAUUGAUAAUAAACGUAUUCGUUCAAUACCAUCACGUGAUGGACAACAAUUUAAAUUAUCUAUUGAAAAUGUUAAAUUAAAUCAAAGUGGAACAUAUGCUUUACAAAUAAACGAUGACAUUAUUACUCAAUGUGAUAUUACUAUUAAAUCAAUUCCACUUAAAACUGUUGUACCAUUAAAAGUUCUUGGUACACCAAUUAUUGGUGGUAAUGUUGAACUUCAAAUUGAAUUAAAUCGUCCAAAUAUUCCAUUUAUAUGGUUAAAAGAUAAUAUUCCAUUAGAAAAUCAACCAUCACCAACAAAAGAUCAAACAAAAUAUCGUUUGAAAUUAUCAGAUCUAAAAUUAGAUGAUUCAGGAGUAUAUUCGAUUAGUUUUAAUGAUGGUGAACUUAAAGAAAGUGUUAAUUUAACUGUUGCAUUACCACCAUUUGAAUUUAUUGAGCAACUUAAAUGUAUUCCAUCAGAUGAUAUUGAAGAAGAUUCAAAUGUUAUUAUGCAAUGUGUUUUAAAUCGUCCAAUUGAUGAUGAAAAUAUACCAGUUACAUUACUUAAAAAUAAUAAACCAUUAUCAGCAGCUGAUAAUGCACGUGUUAAAAUUGAACGAGAUGGACCAACAUUAAAAAUUCAUUUAAAUAAUGUCAAAUCUGAUGAUGCUGGCGUUUAUAAAGUAACCGUCGAUAAAACAAAAGAUACCAGUACACGAUUAAAAGUUCAUGAUAAACCAUUAUCAAUCAUUGAACAACUUCAUCUUGUUGAUGCAAAAGAUGAUAAUAAUACUGUUAGUGAAAAUUUACCAUUUGAAUUAUUUAUUCGUUAUAAUAAACCAGUGAAAAAUGUUGUUCUUAAUCGUGAUAAUAAACGUGUUCCAAUUGAUAAACAUACUCAAAUAAUUUAUGAAGAUAAUUCAUCAUCUGUACGAAUUCGUGUUGAUGCUGCACAACCAGAUGAUAAAGGAAAAUAUGAAACAAUUGUUAAAGAUUCAACUGUAACCAAUAAAGAUGGUCUUCGAAGUCAAUCAGUUACAAUUAUUGUUAAACCAUUACCUGUUUUAUUUACUUCUGAUAUUCAAGUAUCAGCACCUAAUAUAAAUAAUAUUCCAGAAAAAACUGAAUUAACUUUAACAACAACAAUUAAUCAAGAAAAAGGUAAAAUUAAAUGGUUUUUAAAUAAUAAAGAAAUAAAAGAAGAUCAAAAUCAUAAAAUCAUUGUUAAAAAUUUACAACGACAAUUAAUUAUAAAAUCAACUCUUAUUGCUGACUCAGGAAUUUAUUCAGCUAAAAGUGAUGAUGAUGAACGAACAAUUGAAUUAACAAUUACAGAAGAGAUUCGUUUUACAAAAGAAUUAACACCAUCAAAUAUAAAUACAGUUGAAGGUAAAGAAAAAGAACUUGUUUUUGAAUGUGAAACAUCGAAACCAACAACUGUUCAAUGGUAUCAUGAUCAACAAAAAUUAUCACCAAAUGAAUUGAAAAAAAAUUAUCAAAUUGAAUCAUUAAAAAAUAAUACAUUACAUAGAUUACGUAUAUUACAACCAGUUUCAGCUGAUUCAGGUUUAUAUCGAUGUGUUUUACCAACCAAUAUUGAAACAAAUUCACAAUGUAUAAUUGAACCAGCUGGAGUUGAUUUUCUUCAACAUUUAACAACACCUGUACAUGUUGAAUACAUGAAAAGUGCUUUACUUGAAUGUGAACUUUCUAAACGACCACAAAAUGUUGUUUGGAAAGAUAAAAAUGGAAAAAUAAUUGAAGAUAGUGAUAAAUAUGAAAUUAUGAAUAAUGGAAAAUUACAAGGUCUUAUCAUAAAUGAUUGUGAUGAAAAUGAUAAUGGUCAAUAUACAAUAACUAUUGAUAAUAAUAAAUCAUCAACAGCAGAAGUUAUUGUUGAACCACAUGAAGAAAAAGUUCGAUCACCAUCACCAAAACUUGAAACUCAAGAACCAAUAAAAGCUGGUUUUCGUAAAUUACUUCCUAAUAAAUUAAAUACUAAUGAAGACAAUGAUUUUAUUCUUGAAUGUGAAGUUAAUAAUCCUAAACAAAUAACUGAUUGGUAUUUAGAUGAUGAUCUUAUUGAUGAAAAUACUCCUCGUUUUGAAAUUAUUAACAAUGGUCCAAUAAGACAAUUAAAAGUUCAUAAAGCUGAAUUAAAUGAUACUGGAAAAUAUACAUGUAAAGAUCGUCAAAGUGGUGAAACAACAAAUAGUGAUGUUGAUGUUGCCAAAGCUCCUAUUCGUAUUAUAAAAGGUCUACCAGAAACAUUAAUUGUACCUCAAGGUGAACAAUUAAAACUUGAUGUUGAAUUAUCACAUCCAAAUAUUCCUGGUUGUCGCUUUGUUAAAGAUGAUACAAAUACUCCUAUACGAAAAGAUAAACGAACACGUAUUACUGCAGAUGGUACACAUUAUACACUUAUUAUUGAUAAUGUUUUACCUGUUGGUGAUAGUGGUACUUAUGAAUUCAUAGGUUUAAAUGAUACAUUACGAUCAGCAUGUAAAGUUACUGUUAAACCUUUGCCAAGUAAAAUAACUCAACCACUAAAAGAUGUUACUUUACAAGAAAAUCAAAAUUUAUCUCUUGAAGCACGUGUUGAUAAUGAGCAUGCACCAGUAACUUGGUUUAUUAAUGGAAAGGAAAUACCACCUGGUGGUGAUGCACCACAUAUAACAAUAAUGUCAAAAGGAAGACGUCAUACAUUAGUUGUACAAAAAGUUAAUGCUAAACAAGAUGCUGGACAAUAUGAAAUUCGUACACCUGAUGAUGCUAGUUCAUGUCAAGUUACAAUUGAAGAAGCUGGUACACCACCAGCGGAUUUUACAAAAAAAUUACAAAAUCUUGAAAGUGAAGAAUUUCAAACAAUUGAAUUAAAAUGUGAAACAAAUCGAGAUAAUCUUCCUGUUGAAUGGUUUAAAGAUAGUAAAUUAAUUGAACCAAAUGAACAUUAUAAAUUCGAAAAUAAUGGAAAAAUUCAUUCACUAAUUAUAAACAAUGUUUUAAUUAAUGAUCAAGGUUCAUAUACAUGUCAAAUUAAAUCAAAUGGAAAAACAACAACAGCUACAUUAAAAGUUAAAGAAAAACCAGCUGAUUUUGCUCAUAAAAUUGAACCUAUUGAUGCAAUAACUGGUGAUACAGUUUCAUUUGAAUGUGAAUUAAAUAAACCAAAUAUGAAAGUAAAAUGGUUAAAAGAUAAUAAACCAUUGACAAUGAAUGAUCGUAUUCAAUCAUCAAUUGAUUCUGAAAAUCCUCAUAUACAUAUAUUAACAUUGAAAACACUCGAAAUAAAAGAUGCUGCUACAUAUACUUGUGUUAUUGAUCAACCUGUAUCCAAAAAAUGUUCAGCACCUUUAACAGUUAAAUCUAUAACAGUAAAAUUAAUUGAACCAUUAAAAGAUGUAUCAUUAAUUGAAAAUGAAAAUCUUGUACUUAAAUUUGAUGUAUCACAUGAAUUAAAACAAAUACCAGUCAUAUGGAAAUUAGAUAAUAAACCCAUUAAAGCAGACGAUGACCGUAUACAAAUUGAACAAGAUGGUAAAUCAUAUUUUCUAACAAUAAAAAAGAUUCAAUUAAAUGAACAAGGUUCAUAUACAGCAGAAAUUCCAACACAUAAAAUUCAAACAUCAUCACAAGUUAAAGUUAAACCUGAAGAAAUUAAAAUUCUUAAAGAUUUACAUAUUGUUCCUAAUGAUGAACAACCAGAAAACCUUAUUCUUGAAAUUCAAUUAAAUAAACCUUUACCAACUGAUAUAAUUCUUCUUAAAGAUGGUGUAAAACCAACAAGAAAAAUUCCUGUUGAAAAUCUUAAUAAUGGAACAUAUCGAUUUCUAUUAGAAAAUGUUACACCAGAUGAUUCUGGUUUAUAUGAAAUUCCACUUGGACCUGAUCUUAAGAGUUCAUUACAAGUUAAUAUUCAACCAAAACAAAAAGAAGAUUUAGAUUUUACUAUACCAUUAAAAGAUAAAAUUGAAAUUAACGAAAAUGAACCAAUUCAUCUUGAAGCUAAAUUAAAUCGUCAACCUGAUUCACCUAAUGAUAUUGUAUGGUUACGUAAUGGUAAACCUAUUCCAUCAACAAUAACAACUGCAAUUAAUAAAGAUUUAACAAUAACAUUAGAUAUACCAAAAGGAAAUAUUGAAAAUGAUACAGGAAAAUAUACACUUAAAUUACCAAAUGGUAAACAAUGUUCAACACAAGUUAAUAUAUUAAGAAAACCAACAAAGAAAGAUAAAAAUGAAAUUCUUCAACCAUUACAUAUUAUUCUUGAUGAAAAUCAAACUGAAUUAAAAUUAAAUGAAAAAGUUACAUUAAGAUGUAAAACAUCAUUACCAGUUAAAAAUGUUGAAUGGUAUAAAGGUGCACGAAAAGUUUCAACACGUCGUGCAGAUAUUUUAAGUACAGAAAAUUCAACUCAACAUGAUUUAGUUCUAUCAAAAUUAGAAAUCGAUGAUUUAGGACAAUAUCGUAUUGUACUAGAUUCUGAUCUUGAAUCAUCAAUUGAUUUAAAUAUUUCACAAGAACUUAGUCCAAUACGUUGUGAAGGUGAACCAAUUGAAGGUCAAACAAUAACAUUAAUAUGUAAUGCAACACUUCCACCAAAACAAAUUCAAUGGUCACCUAUUGUUGAUCGAAAACGUUAUGAUCAACAAGAUUUAUCAUUAAAAAUAAAAAAUUUAAAUAUUGAACAAGAUUCAAAAGUUUUUACAAUUACUGUUGAUGGACAAAAACAAUCUUAUGAAUUAGUUAUUAAACCAAUACCAAUUAAAUUUCAAGGAACUAUUGAAUUAAAUCCAAAAUUACCUAAAGAAGAUGACAAUGUUACAUGUACAGUUACAUUAAAUAAACCAUUAAAAGAUCAAGUAUUAGAUUGGUAUUUAAAUGAUCAAUUAAUUAUUCCAAAUGAUCGUUUUGUUAUAUCAAGUGAUGGUUUACGUUCAAUAUUAACAAUUAAAAAGAUUCGUCCACAAGAUUCUGGAUUAUUAGAAUGUCAUAUACCAUUUUCAGAUGAAAAAUUAUCCACAGAAUUAAAAGUUAAAGAAAAACCAUUGAGUAUAUUAAAACCUUUAACUUCUGAUAAAGAUAAACCAAUGGAAGGUGAUGAUGUUACAUUAUCGUGUCAAUUUUCAAGAAAACCAAAAACUAUUGAAGUUUAUAAAGAUGGAAAACCAAUUGAUGCUGAACAAAAAUUAAAUGAUGUAGAUGCAACAUUUAAAAUAAAUUUACCAAAAACAAAACCAAAUGAUAAAGGAAAAUAUACAGUUACUGCUGAUGGAGUUGAAACUUCAUAUACAUUACGAUUAACACCAAAUCCAAUUAAAUUUGUUAAACAAUUAAAAUGGGAUAAAGAAUCACCAUAUGAAGGUGAAACUGUUCAAGCUACAUUUACAUUAAGUCGAAUACCAGAUAAGCCAAUGCAAUGGUUUAAAGGCAAAAUUACUCUUCCAACAAGUUCAACACCUAAAUAUGAAUAUUCACAAAUAGAUUGUACAUUUACUUUAACAAUACCUUCAGUUGAAUUAAAUGAUGCUGAUACUUAUACAGUUAAACUUCCUGAUGAUACUCAAUCAUCAGCUCGUUUAAAAGUUCUUGAAACACCAGUUAAAGUUCUUGUACCAUUAACACUUCAACCAAGUGAACCAAUACUUGGUAAUGAAUUUACAUUAUCUAUAACAUUAAGUCGUGAUGUUAAAGCCAAUGCUAAAUGGAUAAAAGCUGGUAAAGAUUUAGCAGCAAAACGUGAUUCAAGAAUUUCAUUUAAACAAGAACCUGAUCUUGAUAAUAAAGGCGUAAGAUAUAUAAUGACAAUUCGUGAUGCUAAACCUGAAGAUGAAGGUACAUAUCGUUUUGAAGUUGAAUCAAGUAAUAUAAGUGAACCAAAACUUGUACAAUUAAUUGAACCAAAAAUUCUUAUUGUUAACUGUGAUGAAAAAUUAAUUGGUAAAGUCGGUUCAUCAAUAACAUUAACAUGUGAAUUAAAUUUACCACAAGGUCAUGUUGUAUGGUAUCAUGAUGGUAUUAAAUUAGCAUCAUCAGAUUCAACACCAUUAAAAACAACAGGUUUAACAAUUAAAAAUACAGAUGUUAUUAGAACAUUAACAAUAAAUUCAUUGAAAAAAGAUGAUUUUGGUUCAUAUGUUGUUAAAACUAAAGAUGAUAAACGUGAAAUACAAAUUGUUCAACCAACAGAUGAUGAUCAAUUAAAAGUACUUGAACAUCCACCGAAAUUACUUGAUCUUGAUCAAGGUGAUGAAUUAAUACUUUCAAUUGUUACAAAUCGUAAAUGUCCAAUUGAAUUUUAUAAAGAUAAUAAAUUAUUACAAACAAUUGAAAAAUUUGAUAAAGAUAAAUCAAGAUAUACAGUUACAUUUACAAUAUCAAAAGUUGAUUUUACUGAUGCUGGAAUAUAUAAAUCAAUUAUACAAGGUACGAAAUAUGAAUAUCAAACAGAAAUAUUAGUUCAUGAACCAUAUCAACGACAAAAAACAGAUGUUUUAGAAUCUGAAUUACCAUUAUUAUUUAUUAAAAAAUUAGAAGAUCAAAAAGUUAAUGAAGGUGACCAAGUUAUACUUGAUUGUCAAUUAAAUCGUUCACCUAAAACAGCACCUAUAUGGUAUCGGGAUGGAAAAGAAAUUACAUCCAAUGAUAAUAUUGAAAUUAUUCAAGAAGAUAAGCGAUUACAAUUAAAAAUACGUAAAGCAUCAAUCAAUGAUCAAGCAGAAUAUACUCUCAAUGUUGAAAACUUACGUGGACAUGCAUUUGUUGAUCUAUCAAGUGAUCGUGUUUGGUUUACACAAAAACUUUUUGAUACAGUCAUUAAAGUUGGUUCACCUAUAGUUCUUGAAUGUAAAUUAUCAGUACCAGAUACACCGAUAACAUGGAAACGAGAUGGUCAAAUACUUAAUUCUGAUCUUUUUCAUGUUGAUGGUCAUUUACAUACACUUCGUAUUCCAUCAGCUGAACUUGAUCAUAGUGGAAAAUAUUCUGCUCAUUAUAAUGAUGAAAUUGAUACAUCAUGUACAGUAUCUGUUCAAACUGAACCUGUUUUUGCACGAGAAUUACCACCAGAAAUAACACUUAAAGUUGGUUCAAAUCUUUUACUUGAUGUUGAAACAACACGUCCAAAUAAAACUGUUCGCUGGUAUCGUAAUGGAAAAUUAAUACCAAAAACUGGUGAUGCACGUCAUCGUUUUCUUGACGAUAAAUAUGUUCAUUCAUUAAAACUUCCUAAAGUAACACAACAAGAUGAUGAUGAAACAUUAUUUGAAUGUGAAUGUGAUAAUGUUCGAACCAAAUGUCGUGUUUAUGUUCAAACAGAACCAUUAGUCUUUUUUAAAGAUCUUAAAGAUAUUAAAUAUGAAUUAGAUGAUCGUCUUGUAUUUAUUGUUCGUAUGAAUAAACGUCCAUCAGAUAAUUCGCGUUGGUUACAUAAUGGACAACCAAUUGAAACAUCAGAUCGUAUUCAAAUGACUUAUGAUGAUACUGAACAUGAAGCGAAAUUAGUUAUAAACAAUGCUGAUGAAAAUGAUCAAGGAAAAUAUAUGUAUGAUGCUGUUGAAGCACGUACAAGUUGUACAGCUGAUUUAAAACUAACUAAAAUGGAAUUUGUACAAGAAUUAAGAAAUCGUUCAGUUAAACAAGAUCAACCAGUACAAUUUGAAUGUGAAUUAAAUAAAAUUCCAAAUAAAGUUACUUGGUUAAUAAACGGAGAAAUUAUUGAAAGUGAUGGUAUAACAUAUGAUUUAAUAACAUCACCUGGACGAAAGCAAUAUAUAUUGAAAAUAAAACAAGCACAAUUAUCACAUGCUGGAAAUGUAACUGUAAGAGUUGAUGAUGAAAUUGAAUCAACUGCAACACUUGAAGUUAAACCUAUACCAAUUGAAUUUGUUAAAAGUUUAACAGGUGCAAGAGUUAAUGAAGAUGAUACAGUUCAUUUUAUUUGUGAAUUAAAUAAACCAAAUAUACAUGUUAAAUGGUUUCUUGAUGGAGAACCACUUCCAAAUGAUGAACACUUUGAAGUUAAAGCUAAAGGACCUUUACAUACAUUAACGAUUCAUAAAGUUGCUUGGAAUGAAGGUGGAGAAUAUAAAUGUAUAGCUGAUGGUGGUGCAAAAACAAGCGCUACAUUACUUGUUAAAGCUAUACCUGUAACAUUUACAAAACCUCUCGAAGAUCGUACUUGUAAUUUUGGUGAAACUGUAGAAUUUACUUGUGAAACAUCAAAACCAUGUCGUGUUGAAUGGUUUCUCGGUGAUAAACGUCUUUCAUCACAACAAUAUGAUAUACAAUCAAUUGAUAAUAAACAUACACUUCGUAUACCAAAAGUUAAAUUAUCAGAUAAAGGAUGGUAUAAAUGUGCUGUCCAAGAUGCAUUUACUGAAGCCAAAUUAAUUGUUAUUGAUAAACCAGUUGAAUUAGUUGAACCAUUAGAAGAUCUUAAUGUACAAGAAAAUGAAAGUGCAACAUUAGUUUGUCAAUUAUCAAAACCUGAUAUGGAUGUUGUAUGGUAUCAUAAUGAUCGACGAAUAUUUUUUACAGCACAAUCACGUAUACGUGCUAAACAAAUUGAUUGUUAUUAUAAAUUAUUAUUAGAUGAUAUUGAAUAUGAUGAUCAAGGUUUAUAUGAAAUGCGUUGUGAACAUAUAAAAACAUCAUGUCAUUUAACAGUUAAAAAAUUAGAAACAACGUUUCUUGAUCAUUUAAGAAAUAUAACUGUUCCAGAAGGAGAAACAGCUCGUUUUCAAUGUCGUUUAUCAAAAAUAAGUUCAAAUGUUCAAUGGUUUAAAGAUGGUGUAAGAAUUUCACCAAGUGAACGUGUUGUUUAUUCAGUAAAAGGUGAUCUGUUAACAUUAACUGUUCAUAAUGCACAAAUUGAAGAUCAAGGAAAUUAUCGUUGUAUGGUUGAUAAUCAACAUACAGAUGGAACAUUAACUGUUGAACCAUUACCAGCUGUGUUUGUUAAAUAUUUACCUAAAACAUGGACUGUACAUGGUGAUCAACCAUUAGAAUUAUCAUGUCAAUUAUCGAAACCUAAUGUUCGAGUUAUUUGGUUAAAAGAUGGAAUACCAAUUGCUGAUAAAGCUCAAAUAAGAAAUGAAGGUUUAAGAUAUAGUCUUUAUAUUCCACGUGAUAUUCAACCUGGACGAUAUACAAUUCGUAUUGAUGAUACUGAUGGACAAGAAAGUAGUUGUCAAGUAUCUGUUGAAGAUUUAGCUGAAAAUGAACGAAAGAAACCACGUAUUAUUCGUGGACUUCAAGAUUUAAGUUUAUCAGAAGGUGAAUCACUUGAACUUGAAUGUCAAUUUGAAGGCAAUGAUGUUGAAGCAACAUGGUUUUUUGAUAGUAUUAUGUUACGUCCAAAUGUUUUUACAACAAUUAAUUUUAAACCAAAUGAAUUAUCACAAUUAAUUAUGAAAGAAAUUUAUCUUGAAGAUGCUGGUGUAUAUAAAUUACGUUUAAGAAAUAAAUAUGGUGAGGUAUCAACAUCAUGUACAGUUAAUGUUCGUCAACGUCAACCUUCACCAGAUCAACGAAAAAUAAGUGUUGAAGAUUCACCACCGAAAUUUAUCGAACCAAUAUCUGAUGUUUAUGUACAUCCAGAACAAGAAGCUAACUUUCGUGCAAUAAUCACUGGUCAACCAGCACCGAAAGUAACUUGGUAUUGUAAUUAUAAAAAGAUUGCAAAUAAUGAAAAAUAUCGUGUUACUCAAGAUAAAGAUGUUUAUGUAUUAGCUAUAUCACGUGUUAAUGAAAGUGAUGAAUGUGAAUACACAUGUAAAGCUGAAAAUUCAGCUGGAGAAAAAACUUGCUCUGCAAAUUUACAUCUUAUUGAAACACCUGUUGGCUCAAAACCACAACCAACUGAAGAAAUUGCUCCAUCAUUUAUUCGUAAACUUCGAAAUUGUACAGUCAUUGAAGGACAACGUGCUAAAUUUGAUUGCUUUAUAACUGGUCAACCAAAUCCAACAAUACGUUGGUUACAUAAUGGUGUACCAUUAGAUGUUGAAACUAAUACAAGAAAAUAUUCAUCACAAUUACAAUCAAAUGGUAAAGUAACAUUAACUAUUGAAGAUUGUUUACAAGAAGAUGCUGGUGAAAUAACAAUUAUUGUUGAAAAUCGUGCUGGUUCAACACAAUGCUCAGCUGAAUUAAAUGUUGAACCUCAUCAUGAAUCAAGUCGUUUAAAACGUCGUGUAAGUUUUGAUGUGCCAGAAUCGGCAACACCAUCAAGUAAACAAGGUGCAAUACCUUUACCACCAACACGAUUGUUAUUAACACCACAUUCAAAAUCAAGUUUGAAUUUAAGUUGGGAUCAUUCAUCAUCACAUAGUCGAGCACAACCAUGUACUUAUAUUGUUGAAUUAAGAGAUCCAAGAACUUAUUCUUGGUCAACAUAUGUCACUUCAUUACCAGAUACAAGUGUUCAAUUACGUGGUCUUAAUUUGAAUCAUGUUUAUGCUAUUCGAGUUCGUGCUGAAAAUGCAUUUGGUGUUAGUGAUCCAUCACAACCAGUAACAAGUCGUCUUUUAACUCGAGCUGAUGAACCACGCGUAGAAAGUGAACAAGAACCGACAAGUAAAACAAGACGACCAUAUACUUCUGCACUUGAUGAAUAUGGUGGUACUCGACCUUCAUUACAAGUCGAUGGUCCUGAUAUUCAAUAUUUUCUUGAAGGUCAAAAUGUUCGUAUUACAAUGUUACUUGUUGGCUAUCCAGUACCUGAUAUAACUUGGUAUCAUGAUGGUGAAAAAAUUCCAUUGGAUGAUCCACGUGUAAAAUUAUAUAAUGAUCGUCGUGGUUACUCAUAUCUUUCAAUUGAUUCUGCUUUAGCAUCUGAUGAAGGUGCUUAUGAAGUAGUUGCUGAAAAUAAAUAUGGUACAGCUCGUCAUACAGUUUAUUUGUAUCUUGCUGAUCCACCAAUGUUCCUUGAACCAUUAAAAGAUACACGUUGCCGUACACAUGAUACGUUUCGUCUUGAAUGUAAAGUUGAUGGUAUACCAUAUCCUGAAGUACGUUUUUAUAAAGAUUGGCGUUUAUUAACUGAUUCAUAUCGUACACGUAUACGACAUAUUGAACCUGAUAUAUGGCAAUUAACAAUAUAUGGUGCUAUUGAAAAAGAUACUGGUCUAUAUACAUGUACAGCUAAAAAUAUAGCUGGUGCAACAUUAUCAUCAGCAAAUGUUAGUGUUGAAGAUAAUCUAUUAAGUAUUCCAAGACCAGAUUUAGAAAGACCAAUAUUGACAUUUAAAAGAAAAAGAUUUGAUGAAGAUUAUGAUAUACUUGAAAGAAUUGAACAUGGACCAAUAUCAUCUGUAUAUCGAGUUAUUGAACGUAGAACAGCUAAAGAACGUAUUGCUAAAGUUGUUCAUAAUCCAAAAUAUUUUGAUUGGCUUCGACGUGAAAUGGAUAUUUUAUCACAUUUACAUGAUUCAAGUAUUCCACAUUUACAUGAUGCUUAUGAAACAGAUAAAAUGCUUGCUAUUGUACUUGAUAAUGUUUAUGGAAAUGAUCUUCUUGAAAAUUUAUUAAAUCGUCGAACAUACACAGAACGUGAUACAGCUAUAAUAAUACGUAAUCUUGUUGAUACACUUAAACAUUUGCAUUCCAGAAAUAUUGCUCAUCUUGAUAUCAAACCGGAUAAUAUUUAUAUUGAUGAUCGUCAUGAUCCAAUACGUGUACAAUUAUUAGGUUUUACAAAUGCACGUCAUUUAACAGGUACAUCAAAUGUUUAUUCAGAUUAUGGUACACCAGCAUAUGUUGCACCAGAAAUUAUACAUCGUUAUCCAGUAUCACUUAAUACUGAUAUGUGGAGCAUUGGUGUUCUUACUUAUUUAUUACUUAGUGGUCGAACACCAUUUUCUGGUUCAAAUGAUUUUGAAACAUUACAAAAUAUUCGUAAUGGAAAUUGGACAUUUGAUGAUCGUUUUUCAAAUAUAUCACCUGAUGCUAAAGAUUUUAUUUCACGUUUACUUAUACCUGAUCAACAAAAUCGUUUAACAUCUGAACAAGCAUUAAAUCACCCAUGGCUUAGAUUUGCAUUACAACAUGUUGAUACAACACCUAUUUCAUCUGAUCGUUUACAAGGAGCUUAUUCAAGACAACUAUAUGAUCGUGAACAUCGACGUACAUCACCAAGACCAUUACCAACAAUAAGUGAAAUAGCUGCAAUGAAAGGUGAUAUUGGAGGUUAUGGUGAUGAAAGAGAAAUAAUAUAUGAUGAUCGAUAUAUUCGAGCAAGAGCUAGACGAACAUCAAGAGAAGUAUCAAUUGAUGAAUAUGAUCAUGCACUUCAUCGUCGACCAUCAUCAGCUGAUGAUGAAAACUUAACACCUGGUUCUUAUCUUCUUCCAAUGGCUGAUGUUGAUUUUGCUAUUCGUAUGCGUGGUUAUCGUCGAACAAGUUAUCAAAAUCGUUAUGCUUCUUCCGAAUAUCUUUAUGCUCCACCAGUUGCACCAGUUGAACGUCUUCUUGCUCGUGAUACAGUUAAAGAACGUCUUCAUGUUGAUGCACAAGGACGACGAGUUCGAGGAUGUUCUGCUGUACCUCAUAGUGGUUGUUCGAUGUCACGUGAAUUAAGUGUACAACCAAGUGGUACACGAGGAAUUUCUACAACACCAUCAUUUUAUGCACCAUAUGGACGAACAAGUGAAUCACCAGCACAUGGUUAUGGUUUAUCAACAAAAUAUGCAAGCACAUCACGUUUAUCACCGUUUCCAGGUGGUACAACACGUGCACCAAGUAUUCCACGAGAAUUUCAAGCACAAGGUUUUACACAAGAACAACGUGCAACUAGAGGAGAAGGUUUUGCUGCUGUAUUUAAAGAAAAAAUAGUUGAUACAUCAUUUAUAAUUGGUGGUACUGUUAUAUUAAGAUGUAAAGUUCAAGGAAAUCCAUUUCCACGUAUAUUUUGGUAUCGAAAUGAUGAAUUUAUAAUUGAAGAUGAUCGAAUACAAUUUGCUCAAGGUGAAGAUGGUCUAUGUACAUUAACAAUAACACAUUGUAAAGCAAGUGAUAUUGGUAUUUAUCGUUGUGUUGCUAGAAAUCUAUAUGGUGAUGCUUCAUGUAAAGCAAGAUUAUUAAUUGGAGAUGUACCUGACCGACCACAACGUCCCAUUGUAAUCGAUAUAUCAUCAACAGAAGCUUAUCUUGUAUGGAGUUCACCAUUAUAUGAUGGUAAUAAUGAAAUAAAUGGUUUUCGUGUUGAUUAUAAAGCACGUGAAGAUCUUAAAUGGACACAAUCAACAUUUUCAAUUGAAGAAUCAGCCUUAAUACAUGGUUUAAAACCAUCAACAUAUUAUCGUUUCCGUGUAUCAUGUAUAAAUCGUAUGGGUAUAUCAGCAUAUUCAUGGGCAUCAGAAGAAGUUCGUACACUUGAUCCAGAUGCACAAAAUGAAAUUUUAUUAACAAAAAUUGAUCGACAAUCAGCAUAUCGUUUACUUGAACAUCAACAUCGUUUAGAUGAAAAAUCUCCAAUAACAAUUGAUCAUAUUUUACAAGAUUAUGAUAAACAAGAUAAAGUUAAAUCUUUAGGUGAAAAAACAGUUUUAAAACGUGAUCAAAAUCCAUGGGAUUUAUAUAAAUUAAUUGAUGAAUUAAGUAGUUAUGGUCGUCAAUGUAUAAUACGUUGUUCAGAACGUGCAACAGAUAGUAUUCGUAUAAUAAAAAUAGUUGAUAAACAAGAUAAUGAAACCGAUGAAUUUAAUUUAUUAAAUCUUAUAUCACAUGAACAUAUAAUAACAAUAUUAGAUGCAUUUUUAUGGAAACAUUCAUUUAUAUUAGUUACAAAUGAUUAUAUGGAAUUAUGUGAUUGGAUUUGUUUAAGACAUAAAUAUAAUGAAGAAUUAAUUGUUAAAAUCUUACGACAAAUAUUUGAUGCUAUACAUUAUUUACACUUUCAUGGUAUUAUACAUUUAAAUAUAAAUCCAUCAAGUGUUGUUAAUGAAAAUCGUCUUGCUGUACAUAUUAAAUUAACUGAUUUUAGUUGUGCACAACAAAUAGCAACUAUUGAAGGACAUAAUAUUAAUAAAAAUAAUUCACAACCAAAUAAAGAAUAUUCAGCACCCGAAAUACUUAAUGAUGAACCAUGUGGUGUUCAAGCUGAUGUUUGGAGUAUUGGAGCAUUAACUGCUACUCUUUUAAGUGGAUUUUCACCAUUUGCUGGUGAAAAUAUUGAUGAAACAAUUCAAAAUGUUAGUUUUGUACGAUGGAAUACAAAUGAAUUUUAUGAUGAUGUUACACAAGAAGCUGUUAUUUUUGUUCAACAAUGUCUUAAAAAAUCACCCAGAAAUCGAUUAACUAUUCCGGCAUGUAUUGAUCAUAAAUGGCUUUCACUAGCAAGUGGAGCAACCAAUCGUCGUGAAAGUGCAAUAUUUUUAACCGAGAAACUUCGAAGAUUUGCACAUGAUUUUCGACAACGAUGUCGAGCACAAACUGAAAUACAACAGGAUACAAUUAUUGAAAUAUCAAAACGAUAG